GUAGUGCAGGAGUGAGACACGCGUGCGUUACAUUCACUCAAUGAGUUACUGAUGUUCACAAACCUCCUCGAAGGAGCACAAACUUUGAACCUGAGAGAUUUUCAUUCACAAGUCUAGCCCAUCAUCUCAGCUGCUUGUCGACGUUUCAGGUUUUGUCAAGUAUCUGCGCUCACCAUGUCUGCAAAAAAAGCUGUGAAGAGACAAACAGUUGCACCAAAUGAUUCAAGUGUUGCAAAAAAGCAAAAAGUCUCUCAUUGCAGUCAUGGCCAGGAGAAGGGCCUGGUGCUUGUUCUGGGUCAGGGUGAUGUUGGUCAGCUUGGCCUGGGAGAGGAUGUGAUGGAGAGGAAGAAACCAGCUCUACUGACUCUUCCUGAGGGUAUUGUGCAGGCCGUAGCUGGCGGAAUGCACACCGUCUGCCUCAGUGACACUGGAAACGUUUAUACAUUUGGCUGUAAUGAUGAGGGUGCGCUGGGCCGAGACACAUCUGAGGAGGGUUCAGAGACUGUGCCAGCCAAGGUGGAUCUUGGAGAAAAGGUGGUCCAGGUCUCUGCAGGGGACAGUCACACCGCAGCCCUCACAGAGAAUGGAGUCGUCUAUGUCUGGGGCUCUUUUAGAGACAAUAAUGGCGUCAUCGGACUCCUGGAGCCCAUGAAAAAAUGCACUGUGCCUGUCAAAGUUCCUAUAGACAAGCCUGUGGUUAAAAUAGUCUCAGGGAAUGAUCAUUUGGUUAUGCUGACUGCGAAUGGAGAGCUGUACACCUCAGGAUGUGGAGAACAAGGCCAGCUGGGCCGUGUUGCUGAGCACUUUGCCAACCGCGGAGGAAGGAAGGGAUUGAUGAGGCUGCUGGAGCCGCAGAUGGUCAUAAUAAAACCGCGAGGGAAGGUGGUCUUCACUGAUGUCUUCUGUGGAGCGUACUUCACCUUUGCUGUCUCUAAAGAGGGGCACGUCUAUGGAUUUGGCCUUUCCAACUACCACCAGCUUGGCACCCAAAGCACAAACACUUGCUUUGUUCCUGUGAAACUCAGCUCUUUCAAAAACUCCACCACCUCCUGGGUGGGUUUCUCUGGAGGACAGCAUCACACACUGUGCCUCAAUUCAGAAGGAAAGGCGUACAGUCUUGGCCGGGCAGAGUAUGGUCGUCUGGGUUUGGGGAAGGACGCCGGAGAGAAGAGUGAGCCCACAGUUGUUCCUGGGAUCAGUGAUGUUCAAGUGGUUGCCUGUGGUGCCUCUGUUAGUUACGCUGUCACCAAACAAGGCUCUGUGUUUUCCUGGGGAAUGGGCACCAACCUGCAGCUGGGCACUGGAGAGGAGGAGGAUGAAUGGAGCCCUGUGGAGAUGACUGGUAAACAGCUGGAGAACAGAGUGGUUCUGUCUGUGUCCAGCGGAGGGCAGCACACGGUCCUGCUGGUCAAAGACAAGCAGGAGAGCUGAUCUUUAACUCCUCCACUAAAGACAGCUUAGCCAAACUACUGUAUCAGUGGUAUCUGUAACCUGUCAGGGGUCUGGGGUUCAUAAUGCUUCCUGUGCUGAGCCAAGCCAGUCAAUGAGGGAGGAUCAUCUAAUUAAACCAUUUAUCCCGCUUUAUCGGGAGCCCAAACGUUCACUGGAUAUGCUCCGGUAGAUGAUCAAAGAGCCUUUUUUUAAUGGACUUUUUUUCUUUGCUUUAUUUUCUUAAUUCUUUUUAACAAAGAUCUUUAGAAUGCUUCCUGGAGACUGCCUGUUGCGAAUGAUUGUAUGCAUGAAUACGUGAUUUAAUAAGUCUUUUAGAUAAGUUUUCCCAGAAACCAUUUUUUUAAAUUCCACAUUUUGGUGUGAGCAAUAACCGGUUACAAUAGCGGGUCUAAUCAGGAUAAUAACAUAUUCGAGGAAGAGAGAACCGAACCGAUUUGGUAUUGCUGUACUUUUCAGUGUUGAACUCUUUCUUAAUCUCUUAAAUGAAACAGUUAUUGUAUCCAUGCAUUGCUGCCCUGUGGACGAUUAAUAAAAAUGUGUGUUUACAGAAACUGA